UUGGAUCUACAAGGUUCUGCGAUCGAUAAAGUACCAAGUGAAAUUGGCAACCUAUUCAACCUGCGUUUCCUAGGCCGGCCUAAGAGAAACAAAAAUCGAGAAGCUACCAAAAUCAAUUGGGAAGCUGCAAAAUUUACAGAUAUUAGACGCCUGUGACACUAAAAUCAAAAGUUUACCAAAUGGAGUAACAAAGCUCAGAAAGUUGAGGCAUCUAUUUGUAUUUAUCAAUUCAGAUAAGAUGUACCGCAGUCUGGCAGCAUUUGGUGGCGUUCCAACACCAAAAGGGAUAUGGCAUUUGAAGGACAUACAAACUCUGCAGUUUUUUGAAGCCAACACAAAGAUGGUACAGAAGGUGGGAGCCCUGAUCAACUUGCGGACAUUCGGUAUCACCAAAGUACAAAUGUGCCACUGUACAGACCUGUGCCGGGCUAUUGCAAACAUGAACCAUCUUGUCCUUUUACAGAUUGUGGCGAAAGACGAGCAAGAAAUACUGCAUUUGGGAGCUCUUCGUCUACCACGAUCUCUGCGAAAAGUGAUGUUGUUGGGGCAGUUAGACAAAAAAUAUUCCUUACCUCAAUGUUCCAUGUCCUUCGGGUCCCUUACAAACCUGACCGCCUUUCAUCUUCGUUGGUCUCGAUUGGUUGAGGAUCCGCUCCCUUACAUUCAGGCGUUACCUAGAUUGUUGGUCCUCCAAAUUUGGGAAGCAUAUGAUGGCAUAAAAUUGUGCUUCAAAACAGCAUCAUUCCAAACACUAAAGGAACUUGAAAUAGUGGAUGCUCCACAGCUCAAUCAGAUUGAAAUAGAGAAAGAAGCGAUGCCGAGCCUACAAACACUUAGUCUCUCAGGUUGCCCAGAGCUGAAGGUGUUGCCUCAAGGCAUCGAGUACCUCACGUCCCUUCAGGUGUUACAUUUUGGAGAACCGGCAGAGGAGCCUGCUGCCGGGCUUCGAGGCGGAGGAGAAGGUGGAGAUCGAUGAGAGCUGCAAGGACCCGAUGAAAAUUCGGCACACACCAAAAGUUUUCCUUUCAUUCAAGAGAGGUGGCGAAUGGGCGUGGGAAAGGAUUCCGUGACUCCAUGCCACCAUGUGUAGCUCCCAAUCACCAAAAGUGCUGCACUAUAUUGUAUUUUAAUAAUGUUAUUUUCGUCUGUUA